GAGGGAGGGGGGACGAGCAGAAAAGGCGGGGGGGGCGGGGGCGCGCUCCCCGCCGACCCGCCCGCAACAUGGCCGAAGUGAGCAUCGACCGCUCCAAGCUGCCGGGAGUCAAGGAAGUAUGCCGAGAUUUUGCUGUCCGGGAGGAUCACACGCUGGCCCACAGCCUGCAGGAGCAGGAAAUCGAGCACCACUUAGCCACCAACAUCCAGCGCAACCGCCUGGUCAAACAUGACCUACAAAUGGCCAAACAGCUGCAAGAGGAAGAAGACCGGAAAGCUCGCAUUCGUCUUCAGGAGCAGCACAAGAACCUGGAACAGCAAGACUGCGAGAUCGCCCAGGAAAUCCAGGUCAAGCUGGUCAUCGAAGCGGAGCAGCAGCGUCGUCAGGAAGAGGGCGACGAGGACAUUGCUCGGAUUCUGCAGCAGAAGGAACUGCAGGAGGAGAAGAGGCGGAAGAAGCUGCCUCCGGACCCCCUGCGGCUGGGCGCGUCCGAAGAAGUCUACCCCCCAGAGAACAGAGACCCCUUGUCCGGCAAUCCCCGCGAACCGGGGCCCAAACUCCCUAGACCGGGCAGCACGGAGAGGCAGCCCCCCCAAAGGAGGGAGCCUCGGGGGGGGCCUCCUCUGCUUUCAGAGGGUCUCGACCUGGAGACUUGGGAGAGCUCCCCAGAAACGAGAAAGGCCAAGGACGGCCGGAGCAAGGACCGAGAGAAACGGGAGAGGAAGAAGGACGGGCACGGGAGACCCCCUCAUCACGAGGAUCCUGCAGAUGUGGGAGUGGAGGAGGAGGAAGAGGAAGACAGAGCCCGCAGUCGCCCCAACUGGAGCCAGGACAAAACUCGGGGGCCACGUCUGCUGCUGUGGGAUGCCGAACCGCCCCGGGCCGGUCGAGGCGGCAGGGAUCCAAGGAGGCCUCCGAGCCACGAGAGAGCCCCCCGGACGCCGCCUCCUCCGACGGAGCGGGAAGAGGAAUGGAGGAGCGGGCACCGCAGCUGUGGGCCCCGAGGGCAGGGGGAGCGGGGGCCGACCCCCAACGGGAGAGAGAGGCAGGCGGAGAGACGGUACGGCCAAAGCCGGUCCCCCAAUCCGGACCGUCGUGGGCUGCCACCCCAGGAGGACCGCAGCUCCCCGUGGCCCCCUGCCCACCAUCACGCCAGGCACCAGGACCCGGAGGCUGCCCCCCGGCACCAGCCCAGGAGGGAGGACGGAGAAAGGGAGCCGCGGGGGGCUCGGGCCUCCCCCACCUCCCACCGCAGGGAGGGCAGGGACGGGGAAGGCAGGCGACCCCGGAAUGCAGGGGCAAAACCUCGGGGGUCCAAAGAAGACCCCUUCGCCAGACCCCGAUCAGAGGCUUCCCGUGACCCCGAGGCCUACGAUGCCGAGAUUGCCUGGAAGUUGCAAGAGGAGGAACUGCGGGCCAGUCAGGUGGACAGGAGGGCUGCACAAGUUGCUCAAGAUGAGGAAAUAGCCCGGCUGCUGAUGGCAGAGGAGAAGAAAGCAUACAAAAAAGCGAAGGAACGGGAAAAGAAGAGGCAGGAUCCCGAGUGGAAGCAGGAGCCCCCCGAGUGUUGUGCGGCCGGACAAGAGAAGGACAUGACCCUCACCGAGGCAGGGCCGAGAAGCCCACACGAGCCGGUCCACCGUCGACCAAAGACUUGGAGCCUCACUCUGGCCUUACGCAUCAGCAUAACGUGGCACAUCCGAUAUCCAGACCGGAGUCAACUCAUAAAGGUCACCACUACAAGCAGUAGGAGAAAGCCAUCCUCGACUUUUCUCUCCAUAGAUACUGACUUUCCAGUGUAGCCGGCUUUAUUGCAUUUCUGCCAAGAGAGUUCCUGACGUCCCGCCGUUCUCCAAGGAGGUCACUUCAUUCCCAGCAGGAAAACGUCUCUCUCUCUUUCUUUCUCUCUCUGCCAGGCUGGGCAGUUAAAGUCUAGCCUUUGGGCAAUUCUGCACCCCACCUUCCCCUCCGAGAAUCUCUUUCGAGCUUCCAAAUCUGGCUUUGUGUCCAUAGCACAGGAGUAGGAAGGUGAUCAGGUGGACACCAGAGGAAGGCCCAGGGAAGGGUGGAAUCAGACAGCCCGGAAGUUGGUGGUCUUCACGUCAUGAAGACCCCAUAGUAGAGAUGUUCAGGUGGCUAAGAUAGGGUCCUGUAGUCAGAAUGAGUCAGUGUGUCUCUGGAGUGGACCAAUCUCAAACGUCUGGAGAUGUUUCUCCAAACAUGUCCCUCACCUGGAAUUCUGAGCGCUAGUGCUUCUCUUGAGAAAGGAAGACUUCCAGAAAUGAAAGAGAGAUGUCCAUGUCCUGUUCUGGGAAGGAAAAAUGGAAAUUUUUUUCCCAGGAAACAACUGGGAAAAUAUUUUAGGAGAGACCCAAUAGAUUUUUUUUUAACAUUUUAGGUUAGCUCUUUCUUUUGUUCCAAACGUUUCCUGAAGGACAGGAACGACAUGAGAUGAAUUCUUGAGGUUUUAUAUAUAUAUUUCCAUUGAUUCAUAAAUACAAAGGUCAGAAACAUCACUUGGGAUAAAUAACGAUUACUCAGGUCUGUUUUAUUGUAUAUUUUAUUUUAAGGUUUAGUUUUUAACAGCCAGAGAAGGAGCACAGAAGUUAGGCCCCAUCUUCGAAUGCUGCAAGUGAGGCCUUGACGGCCCUCAGCCAACUUCUUUCAACCCCCACGAGGUGCUUCACCUGGAUCCCGACAUUUUUGUUGUUCAAUUUGUAAUAGUCUUGUACAGGUCUUGCAAAAUACAGGGUGUCGUGUAGGGACCAAGAGUGCUGGAUUUACACAGCACAAUGAAGCCACAAGAAAAGACAAGCAAGAUUCAAAAAAAAAACAAAAAAAACAAUCCAGUUUAGCAAAUUGGGUCAAUGUGGAUUUUUUUUUGUGGUUAAAAGGGAUGUGUGAAAUUAG